CAGAAGAAAAUCACCAUUCAAGUUCGGAUGAUCCACACUGCGACCGCCGACGAAUUGAUUCAAGACAUCCGGUCCAUUGGCGACAAGGACUCUACCCUCAAAAGCAGUGUGGACACCGUGUUCAAACGUUCCAUUGCGCGACAUGGCAAGACUCACUCUACUGCUACUGUCACCAUGACCACCAGAAUCCCUCGGAGCGAUCUAUGCACACGUUUGGAAGAGGUUACCCAGUCCCUCAACCUCCCGUACUUGUAUUCCCACGAGUUUCAUGGAAUCACCCCCUUACACGAUGCUCGGGAGGGCGCCAACGUUGAUGUCGUGGCUGUUCCCGGUCUUGCGAGCCAUGCGCUCGGAUCUUGGAUGUCCCCGAUUUCAGGCAACGACCAAGUGUGGCUACGAGACUUCCUUCCGACCGAUAUCCCAAACAUCCGGGUCUUGGCUUACGGAUACAAGGCACCUGUGGUGAAAACAAAAUUGACACAGUCCAUCCGGACCUUGAGCAAGACCUUGCUGGACAAAAUCAUGGCUUUCCGGGAGGAGGAUGGCACAAAUCGCCGCCCAAUCAUUUUCCUUGGCCACAGCUUAGGUGGACUCGUUGUAAAACAGGCACUUCUUUUUGCAAAUCAAACAACCGGGACCUCAGAGAAGGAUCUGGCAACGUCAUGCUACGCCACCCUCUUCUUCGGCGUACCCCAUCUGGGUAUGCGCAGUGACAACCUGGAGGAGAUUGUCAAAGGAAAGUCAAACGAGGGUCUGAUACAUGACCUUGUUGUCGAUGGGGAUCGUAUGCCUUCCAUUUACAUGGAAGUCCUUGAGGAAGGAUUUGCAACAACCUGUCGAGCAAAAUAUAAGUUCGUUAAUUUCUAUGAACUAGAACAGAGUUCAUCGCCAGAGCUUGACAGCAAAGGGCAGGUGGUCAUGAGCGGUGAUGUAUAUAUUACUGUCAAUAAGCAAUCUGCUACGGCCGGGUGCGACGAGAACAGUGUGUCCCUCACCGCAGAUCAUAGCGGUCUGGUGAAGUAUAAGAAUGGUGCCGAUGGCAACUACGAAACGGUCAAGGGAAUACUCCGGAAGUUGGUUGACAAGGCGAAACCUGACGUGGCGAAACGGUUUGCGGGGCCUCAACUCUCGCGGCAAGUCCUGGACUGCUUGAAAUCCCUUGGUUUCAAAGGCAUCAACAGUCGCUACAAUUCACCCCCUUCCCAACCCUUCCUUGAGGGCACAUGCAAAUGGUUACUGAGAAAUGAAGUGUGGCUGAAGUGGGUUGACCUGGACCGCAGCUCGCUCUGGAUCAAGGGCAAGCCUGGGUCUGGGAAGUCUACGCUGCUGUGUUAUGCACUCCAGGAGGUUUCCGGAUUCAAGGGACCAGGGACCCUAAGUUUACGGUUCUUUUUCAAUGAUCGCGGCCAUGAUCUUGAGAAGAGAAGCAUUGGACUUUUCCGAGCAGUGCUUCAUCAGCUACUCUACAAUUACCCGGAAGAACUACCCGAGCUUAUCGACUCAUUCCAAGAGAAACUGGAUGUAAUAGGCAAACCGAACGAAAAUUGGGAGUGGGAGUUAUGGGAGCUAAGAGUCUUCUUCAAAUCGUCGCUUGCAAGAAUUCUGAAGAAGGUUCCGGUAGUCCUAUCCAUUGACGCACUGGAUGAAUGCGACAAAGGUCAAGCUGAGGAACUGCUCGAAUAUAUCGAUGAAUUGUGCUCAAACAUCCCUCCAAGCCCCUUUCACUUCAACGUGGUCAUUGCCUGUCGCGAGCAGCCAAUAUGGAGCCCCAGGGAUGAGCUGACUAUCAAGAUGCACGUUGAGAAUAAGAAAGACAUCGAGGGCUUUGUUCGAGCACGAUUUUCUCGGAGAAACAUGCUCCAGCAGUCUGAGGCUAUGGAGUUGAUCAUCGAACGCGCCAAUGGUAUCUUUCUUUGGGCGAGCCUCAUUUGCGAUAUUGUGGUUGACCAGAGGUUGAAACGAGCAUCGCCAGCCCUCAUCAAAAAGAAGAUCCAGAGAAUGCCUCAAGAGUUGUCCAACAUGUACCGCAAAGUUAUUGAUGGUAUCUAUGACGAAGAAAGACUCUCAGCCAUGUGGGUCAUGAUAGAAUGGAUACUCUUCGCUGCGAGACCAUUGUCUCCAAAUGAGCUACGAUGGGCCAUGGCAGUCGAUGCCGAAAGCCCACAUAAGUCAUUGAAGAAGUGUGCAGGUGCAACAGACUUUAUUCUCGACGACAGUAUUGAAUGGAGCAUUAAGAUUUUGGGCUGCGGUUUAGUUGAGAUCAUCCCACCUACCGACUCGGAGGGUCCCAUUGUUCAGUUCAUCCACGAAUCAGUACGGGAUUUCUUUUUGGACAACAGGCUUUCUGCCAAGCCCAAUGAAUCUGGUGGCCAUCUGCGCUUAGCCCGAUCCUGUAUCCGCUAUUUGAAGAUGAAAGAGAUUUCUCAGUCCGAGACCCUCACGAAGGAGGAGCUGGAAAAUCGGUUUCCUCUAUUGCGGUACGCUGUCAGCUCGUGGCCUUCACAUGUUAGACAAGGCAAUCCGACAGAAUCCAACCAGGAGAAUCUCAUGGGAUUGCUCAAAUGGCCAUCGGAGUCCUUUCUACUGUUUUGGACGGGGUUGUACGACAAGAUGGGUUGCUACCCAAACAUGGAUCAGAAAAGGCCGUCGACCUGGUUAUUCACCGCCUCGGCAUGGGGCUUGCAGGGGAUAUUACACCAGUUGCUCCUCAACCAUGUUCGACUCGACAUCAACGCUACAGAUCCGAAAGGUCGAACACCCCUCUUCUGGGCUCUUGAGAAUAAGAGAGAGGAUAUUGUCAAGAUGAUUCUCCAGCACCCCCGUGUUGACAUC